CCCAUACCAGGCAUGUAAAAUUGCCCUUCCAUUUUUUGGUGAGCACACGCGAGCGAGAUGACAAACUCAAUCUUUGUUCGUUGUCUACUUUUGAUAUAUUCGUUGACUAACAAAUUAUUUUCCAAACAUCCAUGCAUUCUAGCAUUACAAACGCCUCUGCCAUCACCCACCAGCACAAAACAACAACAACAACAGCAGCAGCAGCACUCGCGGCGGAUCCAAAGAAAGCACUGCUGCAGACAUUCUCAUACAGCUGCGCGAACGGCUGACAAAGUACGACGAGAUGGAACGCGAAAUUGCCAAGCUCGCCAAGAGCAGACGACGCUCGAAAACUACGUUGCCAACAUGAUGGCAUCAAACGUCUUUACUUGAUUAGGACAAACCAAAAAAAUCAGAUUGUGGCCCUUUUUGCAUGCCAGUUUUUUAAUAUGGCUGCGCAAUUCCUGAAAAUGGCAGCGUUUUGCAAUAUCUGAAAUUUUCUUUUUUUCAUCACUCGCAGCGUUUUUAUAUAUAUUUUUUCUCAAUUCCAUUUGCAAUUCCCUUUUGAAACACAGUUUCUGCCGAACUUUGAAAAAAAACAGUCCGAGAAAAUGCCUCGCUCCGGGUAAGUAAAUGAACAGGUGAUGUUA